UGUUGCACCGGCUGCUCACAGUUGUUUUUGAUCGUUGUUCUUUUAAAGUAUGAAUUAAGCGAUACGCGAGACACUGGACUUUUGAUAUCCAAGAACCGAACCGCAAGGCGUUCAAUGAAAUAUAAAAAUAGGUCCAACAGGCAAUUAAUUCAAAUACAAUUUCGAACAAAUUUGUUCCUAAAAGUUUGCUAAAAACGAUAUUUCGUGUUAAAAGUUUCAAAAUAAGGUUGUGUUUUUUUUUAAUAAGUGACUUCAAGAAAAUACAUUAUUUAUUAAUUAUUUAGUUUACAAUAAUAUUAUUCAACAUGAUAGAAGUAAUUAAGUGGCAUACCAUUUUAAGACUGAAUACUAUUAUAAUUGUAUUUUUGGUAGUACUCUUUGGAUUUUCGACAGCCCAAGCAUCUCUACUUCAUUUAGAAAGUACUCAAAACAAAGGAAUAUGCCAAGAAGAGUUGCAAAGAAAUGCAUUUUCCUGGGCAGACUAUUUGGUGCUGGCAACCAUGCUGAUAAUUUCGUGUGGUAUUGGAGUGUUUUAUGGUUGUUUUAAUAAAAGUCAAAACAGCGAUGAUUUUCUUUUGGGAGGUAGCACCAUGGGCACAUUUCCAAUGGCCAUGUCACUGGCUGCAAGUUUUAUUACUGCCAUUGAGCUUCUGGGAAAUCCAGCCGAAUUGUAUACCCAUGGAUUACAAUUCUGGAUGAUCUGCAUAUCUUUUAUUCUCGUCGUACCACUGACUUCGGCGUUUUAUCUUCCGGUUUUUUUAAAUUUACGACUCACAAGUUCGUACGAGUACCUAUCUUUAAGGUUUUCCCCCAGUAUUAGGUAUCUAGCGAGCGGUUUAUAUAUUUUGCAGAUGAUUUUGUAUACAAGCGUUGCAGUGUAUGCUCCUGCAUUGGCACUGAGUAAAGUAACAAAAAUAAACGUUUAUCUGGCAGUAACAGCAGUGUAUGUUGUUUGUAUCUUUUAUGCUUCUCAGGGAGGUAUGAAAGCUGUUAUUAUUGCUGAUACAUUCCAAGCGGCUGUACUUAUAGGCUCUCUUCUGUUAAUAGCUGGCUUAGGAUACAUUGCCGUUGGAGGAACGGGAGCUAUUUGGUCUCAUAAUUAUGUCACUGAUCGAUUGGAAAUAUUCAAUUUUGAUCCAGAUAUGACUGUCCGGCACAGCUUCUGGUCAGUCGUUGUUGGCGGUACUUUUUACUGGAUGACGAUGUUUUGCUCAAAUCAGGCCUCAAUUCAGAAAUAUCUGUCCGUCGAAAGUAUUAGUCAAGUCAGAAAAGCUAUAUGGACAUCUGCCAUUGGUCUUGUGCUGAUCUAUUCUAUUAAUUUCUACACUGGAAUGAUAAUGGUGACCCACUAUAAAGACUGCGAUCCAUUGACCAGUAAACAAAUAUCGGCAUCCGAUGAAAUACUGCCUUAUUAUAUCAUUAAUGAAAUGGGUCACAUGAAAGGACUUACUGGAUUCUUCGUUGCUGGUAUAUUUGCUGCAAGUUUAGGAACUGUAGCUUCGGCGCUUAACAGCUUAGCAGCGGUGACGAUUGAAGAUUUCAUCGAAGCAGCUUUUAAGAAAAAAAUUCCAGCUAAGAAGGGUGCUUUUAUUGCCAAAAGUUUAUCAAUUUUGUAUGGAGCUUUGAGUUUUGCAUUGGUUUUUGUGGUCGCAAACUCAGGAAGCGUUAUGCAAGUUGCUAUCAGUUUCAACGGCAUGGUUGGUGGAGUCACAUUUGGGCUCUUCUCAUUGGGGAUGCUGUUCCCUUGGGCUAAUUCAAAGGGUGCUCUUUUUGGAAGUGUAAUUGCUACAGUCUUAAUUACUUUUAUGUGUAUUGGACAGCAAGUUGCCAUUGCUAGCGGUAAUUUGGAAGAACAGAUGAAACCUAUGGGUACAAAUAACUGUUCCUGUAUAACGAUGACCAGAGAAGCACCAGAAGAUAUCGUGUCGAAUAAAGAUUCUGUAUUUGUGCUGUACCGAGUAUCGUACAUCUGGUAUUCAGGAAUAGGAUGCGUAAUAACCAUUGUACUAGGACUAGUUAUCUCCUUCAUCACGGGUACUACCAACUUGUCUGAUGUAGAAAACGUCUACAUAUCGCCACCGAUUUUAAAGUUUCUUUACUGGUUGCCGGACAAUAUCAAACAGUUUCUGGGAGUUCCCCAUAAAAGCAUCAAUUUCAUGAGAAAUAAUUUCGUUAAAGAGGCCGUUAUGGUAAAAAUAAAUGAAGAAGAGUUUCACGAGGUGAAACAGAACAAUUUCAACGAGCAGAUCAAGAAGAAAAUAAGAAAAUUAUCAGCGCCGUCGUAAUUAUUGUUCUGUGUCUAAUAAUAAGGUUAAAUGAGUCUCUGUACAUAGUAGCUAUUCUUAGUUUUAUUGUGAUUUGUAAUCGUACUUAUGUAGAUAUUUAUAAAUAGGAUAAUAAGGUAAUAAAG